AUGGAGAAACCGUCUUGCAGGGGUGCCGGUUGGGCGCAGCUUUUGUGGUGUUACGGCACCUGUUGCGCUCUACUCCUCCGCCUGAUAGUUGAAGCCAGUCAAGCUGCUGAGGGUUUAAAAACCAAAGACGAAGUUGAGAAGGCGUGCCAUCUUGCACAACAACUCAAAGAAGUUUCAAUUACUUUGGGAGUUAUUUACCGGACCACUGAACGACACUCCGUGCAAGUUGAAGCGCAUAAAACAGCCAUUGACAAACAUGCGGAUGCGGUGUCGCGAGCUGUGGAGGCGCUCACGAGGGUGGAUGUGGCACUUCAGCGAUUGAAAGAACUCGGGAAGGCGAAUGACACGAAGGCGGUGAAAAUUAUCGAGAACAUUACCUCCGCCAGAGAAAAUCUCGCUCUCUUCAAUAACGAAACGCAGGCCGUACUGACGGCGAGGGAUCAUGUGCAUAAGCAUAGGGCCGCGGCAUUGCAGGGGUGGUCUGAUGCAAAAGAAAAAGGCGAUGCCGCCGCAGAGGAUGUUUGGGUUCUGCUUAAUGCCGCAAAAAAAGGUAAUGGCAGUGCAGACGUCAAGGCAGCUGCAGAGAAAUGCUCGAGAUAUUCCUCAAGCAGUACUUCAGAAACUGAGUUGCAGAAAGCUAUUGACGCCGCCGCUAACGUGGGGGGUUUGUCGGCACACAAGUCGAAAUAUGGCGAUGUGCUGAACAAGUUUAAAUUGUCUAAUGCUUCAGUGGGAGCAGUGAGAGACACAUCCGGCCGGGGCGGUAAGCAUAUGGAAAAGGUCAAUAAUGUGGCAAAACUUCUUAAGGAUGCAGAGGUUUCUCUUGCAGCUGCAGCAGCCGAAAUUGAGGAGGUUAAAAAUGCACAUGAAACAAAAGCACAGGAAGAGAUGAAGCGCAAUGGGAACCCGAUCGAAAAUGAAUCAGAGACUAAUUCAGGGGGGAAUGCGGAAUCACAAGGUAAUGGAGAUCGUGAAGAUAAGAACGACGAGCAACAACAGGUCGAUGAGGAGGAAACAAAGGUGGAAAAUGGAAGCAGCGAGGAGGGGUCUUGUUGUGGAAACGAAAGUAACGGUCCCCAUGUGAUGAAAAAACGUCAUGGGGUUGAGGGACCAAGGCCCGUUGACGUGGUUAGUGGUUUCCGCAGUUAUGCCAGUGCUUCUUUUGCUCUGCUUUCUCUUGUCCGUGUCGGUAUGCUCCAGGUGGUGGUGUAG